AUGGUGCGUGCUUACCGUGAAAAAAUAGACAAGGAGCUGGUGUGUCAGGAUGAGCUGAGCCUGCUGGAUAAAUACCCAAUCAAGAAUUGCCAGGACAGCCAGUAUGAGAGCAAAGUGUUCUACCUGAAUAUGAAAAGGGACUAUUACCGCUACCUGGCCAAAGUCACCACUGGAGAGAAGAGGGCGACCUUCGAGGAGUCAUCUGAGAAGACAUGUAGCAAAGCCCAUGAGGUCAGCAAAGGGCACACGCAGCCCACUCACCCCAUUAGAUUAGGCCUGGCCCUUAACUACUGCGUUUUCUACUAUGAGAUCCAGAAUGCCACAGAGCAAGCCUGCCACUUGGCCAAGACAACUUUCAAUGGCGCCAUUGCCAAGCUUGACACUCUCAGUGGAGACUCCUACAGGGACUCGACGCUCAUCAUGCAGCUCCUCGAGACAACCUAA